AUGAACUUGGAACGAACACCACCUCCGGCAGGUGCGUCUGCAUCUGAUCCUCCUGUAGAUUCAUCUGUGGUGGAACCUUCCGCAUGUCAGGUUUGUCACAUCACUAUGACCGAAGGACUGGAAUGUUUGAUUUUGAAUGAAUGUUCGCAUCCAUUUCAUAGACAGUGCAUAGAGGAAUAUUUGUCAAAUGCGUCAGAGUGUCCCGUUUGUAAGAAACCCUGUCAACUUAGCGAGUUGAGAGUUUUGAAGAUUGUCCACAGAUCUGUGCCGCCAUUUAAGGGCAGUCAGAGGGGCAAGGGCAGAGGCGCAAUGCCAAGGCAUUAUCAGACUCGUAGUACGACGCGUGAAUUUCAGGAUACACAGUAUCAGCAGUUGAAUCGUAGUUUGGAUUUUCCGAGUACACCUGAUCGAAGUAAUUUACAGACCAAUCCAAGUCGGGGAAUUUCUCCCGCUCGUGGUUUAUCUCAACCUGCGGCAGUUCAUUCUGUUCAAAUUCAUGCUGCUUCAGCUCAUACGGCUCCAAUGCAAUCUGCUCCGAUUCAUACUGCACCAGUAUUGGUGGAUUAUAGUAGAAUUGACCAAUUGAUCGAGACAAAUUUGAGUAGGAUGCUUCAAAAUAUGAACUUUGCACCUCCUGCUAAUGCAAAUCGUAAUAUCCCUUCUUCUCAAAGGCCUCUGAAUAAUUUGAGUCAGACUAUGAACAAUGUCAGUGACGAGAAUAUAAGGUCACAUCAAUUGUCCAAAGUUGGAAUAUUAAAUUUGACGGGUCUGCGAAUGGACUUGGUGUGGAGGAAUUUUUGUACAGGAUUAUUUCUCUGA